CAAAAGUGUGUGCUCCCCGCUUUUGCCGUCACUCCUGUCGACCGGUUUGGCCAAUUUCGGGUUAAAUGUGGAUCUAGUUAGCACCACCUUUCAGGUUUUUCUCUGCAAAGCAUCGCUCGACAAUAGAAUGUCCCUAGUAACGUUGCGCAUGUUACGUUGUCAAAGUUUAUUAAAACUCGUUACUCCAUCGCGAUUCGUAGCAAUCGGCGGACCGGUAUCGAAACGACUUACUGCAUUUGUGAAACUUUACCAAAAUAUGUAUACAACUGUUGAGAGAGGUGCGCUCAACAGCACGGACUACAGGAUAUUUUUUAAAAAUGAUCUGGGAAUACCAAUUUCACCCAUGCAUGACAUUCCACUCUAUGCCGAUGAAAAGAAUAAAAUAAUGAAUAUGGUUGUUGAAAUACCUCGAUGGACAAAUGCUAAAAUGGAAAUCUGUUUAAAAGAAACUUUGAAUCCUAUUAAGCAGGAUGUUAAGAAUGGUAAAUUAAGAUUUGUUGCUAAUUGUUUUCCUCAUCAUGGAUACAUAUGGAAUUAUGGAGCUCUGCCACAGACAUGGGAAAAUCCUGAUGUUUUGGAUGAAGCAACAGGCUGCAAAGGUGACAAUGAUCCUAUUGAUGUUCUUGAAAUAGGCUACAGGGUUGCGAAGCGAGGCGAAGUAUUGAAAGUAAAAGUUCUUGGAACAGUGGCACUCAUUGAUGAAGGUGAGACUGAUUGGAAGAUUAUUGUAAUUGAUGUUAAUGAUCCUUUGGCAAACCAAAUGAAUGAUAUAAAUGACAUCGAGAAACAUUAUCCAGGUUUAUUAAAAGCCACAAUUGAAUGGUUUAAGAUAUAUAAAAUUCCAGAUGGAAAACUGGAAAAUCAAUUUGCAUUUAAUGGUGAAGCAAAACCUCGAGAUUUUGCACUACACAUUAUUGAUGAAGUGCAUCAACAUUGGCAAAAUUUAUUAAAACAGGAAGGUCCAACUAGUGGAAUAAUAUGUUCUAAUGUAACAGUGGAGGGUAGUCCUUUUAAGAUUACCACAGAAGCUGCUCAAGAGGUUUUAGGAAAUGAAUCUGAGCCAGUAGAACCUCUAUCUGUAGAACCAAUAGUCGACAAAUGGCAUUACAUACAUCUUAAAUGAAGAUAAGGUGGAUAUCUUUAUUUGCACACACUUAACUACAUUGAAGUUGGUAUCAAUUUUCACAUUCAACAUGGAGUUUUUCUCUAUUUAUCGUUUUCAUAUUUUCUGAUAGUAUAUUCAAAUAUAUAUAAUCGACAUUAUAUACACACACACACACACACACAUACAUAUAUAUAUAU